AUGUUUGUGACAUUCGACAGCUCUAAGGAUGGUACGAGCAAUGCCGUCUCCACAUCACCGCUCCCGAACGGCGCUGUGAAACGAAAGCGAGUCGCCGUGGCGCGCGCCUGCAACUGGUGUCGCCUUAACCGCGUUCGAUGUGACGAUUGUAAUCCAUGUCAGAGCUGUCGUACGCGCAACCUCCAAUGUUCCAAGGGCCUGCCCAGUGACCCAGCAAAUAGCACAGCAGCUGCAGACCUUAGAGAAAUCGAGAGACUCCGAUCGCGCGCGACGGAAUUGGAGGAGCAGCUCAAGAAAGCAACCAGAGAAGCCGACGCAGCCAAGUCCCUAGUCACACCCGAGCAACCGCCUGCAUCCAAAUGGCAUUGGCCUGGCGUCUGGAUACACACCCCGCAAAAUUCAAACAGCCUGCCUCAGUAUUAUGGCCCGACUUCGUUUAUGUACUUCACAAGCCGCAUCUGCAACCAUGUGGAGUUAUCACUGAAUCAGCCACGACUUAGCAGCGCUCUGCAGUCGUUCACAGUCAACCGGAUGUUGUCGGCAACAUUAUCGGAAGAUAGCAGCCAGCUCCUUGACAUUCUGACCCGUAGUCAAGAAGAAUCUCUUCUCAGUCUCUUUUGGCAGUCAUUCCAUACUACCGUUCCCAUCAUAGAUGAGACCGAAUUCUGCGCGCACUAUGAUUCCCUCUGGCGGACGGCUUCCAACCCAAAUUCCAUCUCCGAUUCAGUUCGGACUCCGUCCCCCUUGGUGGAUAUAGUUCUAGCUUUAUGUGUGCAGCACAGCGCGAAUCUCAUGGCAUCGGGGGACACGCUACCGACAAUGUCACUGGAAUCGAGAGACCUAAGUUCUGCUGGGGACUGGCUGUAUCGCCGGUGUCAACGGCUUCAGUCCAACGAUAAAGACUCCCUAUCUCUGUCAGCAUUGCAGUGUUGGACCUUCUCCGUGAUAUAUUUGUGGAAUGCCUCUUCCUUAAACCUGGCUCAUCGGAUGCUCGUAACGGUAGUUCAUAUGGCAUAUGCCAUAGGACUUCAUCAUAAUUCUCCAAAAACUCCUAGCUUGUCACAUCAAGCUCUAGGUCAACGAAUCUGGUGUUCUCUGGUUUCUCUCGACACAAUGUUAUCACUCGCGUUGGGUCGUCCCACUAUGAUCAGCCACUGUGACGUGAAUAUAAACAUCUCUAGAACCCCUGAAUCAUUUCGGUCGGAGACGAUGGCGACUGGGUCUGGCGAUGUCAACAUGCUGGAUUAUUUUACACAGUAUAUCAAACUCACAGCGGCAUUCCGCAACAUCUCGACGAUGAUCUUCCAGAAAGGCAGUGAGCUGAUGGCUGUUUGCGAAACUGAUUCAUCAAUUUACAGCGAGCCGGCAGUCGUCGAAAAGUGCGCCACCUAUCUCCACCAAUCGAUGGAGUCACUGCGAACCUGGGCUGGGAAUGUACCCGCAUGCCUCAAACUUGCUCGCAAGGGCUCUGUUGAACCCUUCUCGACUUCCCGUGCCCCUUUGGAUAUUGAUGUAUAUCAACCACUAUGGUUGCAACGGCAACGCGUUCUUCUCGAACUCCUCUAUCACAACCUGAUCAUGUCCCUCUACCGCAUGUUCAUGAAAAUACCCUCUUCCGCUGUAGCCACAGCGUCAAGCGUCGGAUCUACCAUACCCAAAACUUCUAACAGGAAUGCUCUAUACGCUCUCAACCACGCCGUGACUACGAUUUCCAUUAUCCAUCAGAUCCUCACUGAAACGGAUAUUCUCAAUUGCUGGCAUAGUGCCUACCAAUACGCCUGGGACGCUACUCUUACUAUUCUUGCCUUCAUUUUGGUGAACCCAGUAUGUCCGUACACCUUCUCUGCACGUCGCGCUGUCACUUCUGCCAUCGAUACCUUCAACUUGUUCUCCCAGAAUGGCUUUACCACUGCAGCCAUGGCUGCCACUAUCACCAAGGAGAUGAGCAGCGCAGUCGAUUCGAUUACCCAGUCAUUCCGGAGCGGUCUAACUAGCAGCCCACAAACGACGCUCGCUAGUCAAGAUAGAAGUAGUGAUCAUUCGACGCAUGUCCCACUUACCCCGCAAACUCAACCCCAACAGAGUAUGCAAUCAUUUCCGCAUACGUUGGAGUUUAUACGACAACAGUUCAGCCCAUCACGAGCUUCCAUGUCAAUGUCUGCAAGCAGUCCUCAUCAGAAUUCAUGGCUGACCAUGUUAGCAACGCCGAAAGGAGGUUCUAAUGAUAACGACAAAGGUGUUUCUGACAAUAAUAUGCCGAGUCUUAUUAAUGGCCCGGCUUCGACAGGUACUAUUGGCAUCGAUCUAGAGACAGCUUUUCUAACGGGAACCGACCAGAGCUGGUUUCAAAACGAGUGGUACAAUGGGAUGGCAGUGGAAUCAGAGGUGGAGUUUCAGAGGAUCCCAAGUGUCUGA